AUGGCCGGUGAAGAUGUUGACUUCACCGGUCAUUCAUUCAAUAUGCAGAGAAGGUAUACAGAGUGUGUAAAAAGCCCUCGUGAUCGGUAUAGCGACAGGGGCAUGGAGCCGAUGCGCGUCGCCGCCGGCGCCGGGCCAAAGUGUUGCAUCGACAGCGUCGGCGUCGCCGCGGAGGCCACGUCAUCCAUCCAUCACGUAGCUCAUCAACUAUUAAUAGAACACGCGCUUGUAUACUAG